UCCAACAGUCAGACCAACAGAACUGUUGCAUUGGGCAACACCUGUUUCUUUUCUCAGCAGACCUGAAAAAGACACAAGUGAGCUGCUGGACAGAAAACAGACAUCCAGAGGAAUGAGUUGAGUCUGCUCUCUUAUCAGUGUGGCUCCAGGUUUAUCUCAAACAUGCAAAGGAUUCAGCAGGAGAGACCAGACUCCCCUGGACCCAGCUGUGUGUCCCUGAGGAGUGAUCACUCCAGAGGGGAACCUGUGACCUUCAAAGAUGGACGCCACUUAUUUGAUAAAAGGGCACAGCAAAAGAGACCAGACUCCCCUGGACCCAGCUGUGUGUCCCUGAAGAGUGAUCACUCCAGAGGGGAACCUGUGACUUUCAAAGAUGGACGCCACUUAAGGACUCAGAAGGAGAGACCAGACUCCCCUGGACCCAGCUGUGUGUCCCUGAGGAGUGAUCACUCCAAAGGGGAACCUGUGACCUUCAAAGAUGGACGCCACUCAUCUGAUAAAAGGAUUCAACAGAAGAAACCAGACUCCCCUGGACCCAGCUGUGUGUCCCUGAGGAGUGAUCACUCCAAAGGGGAACCUGUGACCUUCAAAGAUGGACGCCACUCAUUUGAUAAAAGAGUCGACCAAGAGAGGUUAGAGAUGCCCAGUACUCAGUCUGCUCAGGAGCAGACACACCUGGAUACCAUAUUCAUGGGUCUCGAAAAGAACAUUGUCACUUUUGUGAGGAAAGAGCUGAAGACGUUCCUGCAGGUUUUAAAGACAGACAGGAUGGAGGAGGAGGUGGUGGACAAUGAGGAGAAGGAGCAGAUGAGGAGCAGCAGAGAGGCUUUGCUGAAGAUCACACUGCACUUCCUGAGGAGGAUGAAGCAGGCAGAGCUGGCUGACUCUUUGUACAACAAAAUGGCUGCUCCGCGAUGCCGGAGGAAACUCAAAACUACUCUAAAGAACAAGUACCAGUGUUUGUUUGAGGGGAUCUCUAAAGCAGGAAACCCAACACUUCUGAAUCAGAUCUACACAGAGCUCUACAUCACAGAGGGAGGGACUGGAGAGGUCAAUGAUGAACAUGAGGUCAGACAGAUUGAAACAGCAUCCAGGAAACCAGACAGACCAGAAACAACCAUCAGACAAGAAGACAUCUUUAAAGCCUCACCUGGAAGAGAUGAACCAAUCAGAACAGUGAUGACAAAGGGAGUGGCUGGCAUUGGGAAAACAGUCUUAACACAGAAGUUCACUCUGGACUGGGCUGAAGACAAAGCCAACCAGGACAUACACUUCACAUUUCCAUUCACUUUCAGAGAGCUGAAUGUGCUGAAAGAGAAAAAGUUGAGCUUGGUGGAACUUGUUCAUCACUUCUUUACUGAAACCAAAGAAGCAGGAAUCUGCAGGUUUGAAGAGUUCCAGGUUGUGUUCAUCUUUGACGGUCUGGAUGAGUGUCGACUUCCUCUGGACUUCCACAACACUGAGAUCCUGACUGAUGUUACAGAGUCCACCUCAGUGGACGUGCUGCUGACAAACCUCAUCAGGGGGAAACUGCUUCCCUCUGCUCGCCUCUGGAUAACCACACGACCUGCAGCAGCCAAUCAGAUCCCUCCUGAGUGUGUUGACAUGGUGACAGAGGUCAGAGGGUUCACUGACCCACAGAAGGAGGAGUACUUCAGGAAGAGGUUCAGAGAUGAGGAUCAGGCCAGCAGGAUCAUCUCCCACAUCAAGACCUCACGAAGCCUCCACAUCAUGUGCCACAUCCCAGUCUUCUGCUGGAUCACUGCUACAGUUCUGGAGGAUGUGUUGAAAACCAGAGAGGGAGGAGAGCUGCCCAUGACCCUGACUCAGAUGUACAUCUACUUCCUGGUGGUCCAGCUAAAACGGAAGAGCAUCAAGUAUUAUGGAGGAUCUGGGACAGAUCACUCUGGAGUCCAGAGACCAAGGAAGAUGAUUGAGUCUCUGGGAAAACUGGCUUUUGAUCAGCUGCAGAAAGGAAACCUGAUCUUCUAUGAAUCAGACCUGACAGAGUGUGGCAUCGAUAUCAGAGCAGCCUCAGUGUACUCAGGAGUGUUCACACAGAUCUUUAAAGAGGAGAGAGGACUGUACCAGGACAAGGUGUUCUGCUUCGUCCAUCUGAGUGUUCAGGAGUUUCUGGCUGCUCUUCAUGUCCAUCUGAUUGUCAUCAACUAUGGAGUCAACCUGCUGUCAGAGCCAAAAUUAAUAACAAACAGUAACUUUGAAGACUUCUACAAGAGUGCUGUGGACAAGGCCUUACAGAGUCCAAAUGGACACCUGGACUUGUUCCUCCGCUUCCUCCUGGGUCUUUCACUGCCGACCAAUCAGACUCUCUUACAAGGUCUGCUGACACAGACAGGAAGUGGCUCAGGAAUCAAUCAGGAAACAGUCCAGUACAUCAAGAAGAAGAUUGAAGAGACUCCCUCUGCAGAGAAAAGCAUCAACCUGUUCCACUGUCUGAAUGAACUGAAUGAUCGUUCUCUGGUGGAGAAGAUCCAACAGUCCCUGAGUUCAGGAAGUCUCUCCACAGAUAAACUGUCUCCUGCUCAAUGGUCAGCUCUGGUCUUCAUCUUACUGUCAUCAGAGAAAGAUCUGGACGUGUUUGACCUGAAGAAAUACUCUGCUUCAGAGGAUGCAUUAUUGCAGCUGCUACCAGUGGUCAAAGCCUCCAAGAAAUCUCUGUUGAGUGACUGUAACCUCUCAAAGAAAGGUUGUAAAGCUCUGGUCUCAGUUCUCAGCUCCCAGUCCUCUAGUCUGAGAGACCUGGACCUGAGCAACAACGACCUGAAGGACUCAGGAGUCAAGGAGCUUUCCACUGGACUGAAGAGUCCACACUGUAAACUAGAAACUCUCAGGUUGUCUGGCUGUUUGAUCACCAAGAAAGGUUGUGCCUCUCUGGCCUCAGCUCUGGAGUCCAACCCUUCCUAUCUCAAAGAGCUCGAUCUGAGCUACAAUGAUCCAGGAGACUCAGGAGUGAAGAUGUUGUCUGUUGGAGUGGAGGAUCCAGACUGGAGACUGGACACCCUCAGAGUGGACCAUUGUGGAGAAUGGAGAUUGAAACCCGGUCUGAGGAAAUACACCUGUGAACUCACACUCGACCCAAACACAGUGCACAGAAACCUCAAGCUUUCUGACAGCAACAGGAAAGUGAAAAGAGUGAAAGAGGUGCAGUCCUACCCCGAUCAUCCGGAGAGAUUUGACGACUGCCUUCAGCUGCUGUGUAGAAAUGGUCUGACUGGGCGUUGUUACUGGGAGGUGGAGUGGCAGGGACUGGUUUGUGUGGGAGUGACCUACAGAGCAAUCAGCAGGAAAGGAGACAGUGCUGACUGUUUACUCGGAGUCAACAAUCAGUCCUGGAGUCUGUACUGUUCUGGGAAGACUUACUCUGCUCAUCACAACUCAGAAAAAACAGACAUAUGUCCCCCGUCUUCCUUCUCUCACAGAGUGGGAGUGUAUCUGGACUGGCCCUCUGGCUCUCUGUCCUUCUACAAUGUCUCCUCUGACUCUCUGAUCCACCUCCACACCUUCAACACCACCUUCACUGAACCUGUCUACCCUGCCUUCAGGGUCGGCUUUCAGCUGAGGUUUUUUGAUUCUUCAGUCUCUCUGUGCACGCUGCCGGAGGGAGAGUCGUCCUCUGUUUAAAAGAAACAUUCAGACGUAAGGUGAAAAAUGAAUCUAGAGACACUCAUAAUAAAUUAUUUAACUGUGUAAAACAAUAUGUCAAUGCCCACUAUGCAUACGUUUUGUAAUGUUCUGUAUGUUUGUUAUUGUUUAUUAUUACUCACCACUGGUUCUUUAGAAUAACUAUAAAUACACUCAUAUUUCAAUAUGAUGGAUCUUUGUGUUUAUGUUUGUCACUCACCUUUUUAACAUUUGUGCACAGUUAUAACAGAUGAGCUUAUUUUUAAAUUUCACCUGAUCUUUAUUUAAAGGAUCACAGAAUGUAAAACCAGAGAGAUGACAUUAGCAGGCUGUGCAGUGCAUCUAUUAACAACUUUAAAUCUGUAUGGAGGUCUUUGUGUUUGUUGUGCUGCUGUUUGCUUUAGAUUUAUUUUUGUAGAAAAAACUAAUAAAGUUGAUGAUAAUUCAAACUAUUGAAUAAAAUCUGUAUUUCACA